CCUUUUCUUUAACAUAAAAAAAUAAAAUAAAAUCAUAAACCAAAACACAGAGAUAUACCAUAAGUUUUAACUUAGAGAGAGGAGAGAGAGGGAGACAGACACCCUUUUCGUUUAUCACUCUUCUCUUCUCAGAAGGGUUUCUUGCAAUUUAAGAAACCCUAACCAGGGGAAUCCAUUCUUCGGCUGGGAGAAUCGGAAGCUUGUUUUUUUAUUUUUCGCUGAUGGGUCGUGAAUCGUUAGUGUCAGCUCAGCGUACUAUGGCUGCUCCGCCGACUUCACCGCCUUCUUUGUCCCUCUCCGUACCAUCGGAAAAGACUCGCCUUGCGCCGCAAGCCAAGCCCCCCGCCGCGCCUACUUUGGCCCCGGGCUUCAGGUUCCACCCCACUGACGAAGAGCUUGUUAUUUAUUACCUUAAGCGAAAGGUUUGCGGUAAGACCUUUCGAUUCAACGCCAUAACUGAGGUUGAUGUCUACAAAAGCGAGCCUUGGGACCUUGCAGAUAAGUCAAGUUUGAAGAGCAGGGACCAAGAGUACUACUUUUUCAGUGCAUUGGAUAAGAAGUAUGGUAACGGGGCUAGGAUGAACAGGGCAACGAACCAAGGGUACUGGAAGGCAACUGGCAAUGAUAGGCCAGUCAAGCGUGACUCCAAAACCGUUGGAUUGAAGAAAACAUUGGUUUUUCAUAGUGGGCGAGCACCAGAUGGUAAAAGAACUAACUGGGUUAUGCAUGAAUACAGACUUGUUGAGGAAGAAUUGGAAAGAGGUAGAGGUGGUGCAGCUCAGGAUGCCUUUGUGCUGUGUAGAAUAUUUCACAAGAGUAAUAUAGGACCACCAAGUGGGCAGCGAUAUGCACCUUUUAUUGAGGAGGAGUGGGAAGAUGAUGAAUCUGCUGUGGUGCCUGGAAUAAAUAAUGGGGAUGAAGUAGCCACUGUGCCUGGUCGCAACAAGAGUGUUGGAGGGAACAGUCAAGGUACAUGCGCUGAAGGAAAUAACCAUGGGACAAGUAUUGAAAGAAAUGCCAGUGACACAUAUAUUGAAGGAGAUAUCGUUCAGCAGGAUACUGAAUCCACUGAAAAGGACGUGCAUCACGCUCUGGAUCUUCCAAGAGAAAAGCAAAUUGUUUUACCUGUGUGCAAGAUUGAGAGACAGGAUGAAUAUACAAUGCCAUGUGUGGUUAAUCGAGAAGAUAGUUUGGAUGGUCGUUCUUUACCCGGGGUAGAUGAGCAGCAACACUUGUCAUUGGGUGUUGACCGUGUGUCGUCACCACUGCUCAUUUAUAAAAGAAGGCGUCAUAAUGAUUCGAGUUCUAGCAAUGGUAUUGCUUCAGAAAACUCAAGUGGAGCUGCUCAGGAUCGUAGCUCUUCAACAACAACAGCUGCAACAACAAUGUCAACAGUCACAACAGCGACAACAAGACCACCGACAACAAGAAAUUUUUUGUCUGCAUUGGUGGAGUAUUCGCUGAUAGAAUCCAUUGAACCUAAGGAGAGUACUCCAGUGCCUCCCGAGCUUAAUGCUUGCAAUAACGAUUCCGCUUUGCCUCCUAGCUGCUUGAAAUUCAUUCAGGAUCUGCAACAUGAAAUUCACCAGAUAUCUAUAGAGAGAGACACUCUGAAAUUCGAAAUGAUGAGUGCCCAAGCCAUGAUUAACAUCCUUCAAUCUAGAAUCGAAGUUCUUAACAAAGAGAACAGUGAUUUGAAAAGAAGCAGCGGAGGUGUCUAGUGGGCUCAUAAUUCCAUUUUCUUCACCUGGUGAACUUUCCGGUGGCCAGCCAGUCCUUAUGACCCUUCGCAGUCGUUUAUUGUGGGGGAGGGUUUUCCCUCAGAGUUGGAAACUAUCUAUCUUGUGUAAUCGAGUCAUUGGCUAUUCUACAAUGAAAUAGCAAACUAAAUAAUGUAGCAUCUUUUUAGUUGUAGGUUGUCCAUUAGCUUUUCUUCGUCAGACUUUAAUUGUAGCUUAAACCUUCAUGUUUCUAAAUUGAACCUUAUCGAGUCUCUUUUAAAUAGUUA